CGCUACAUCACCCCCGCGCACAGCACUCUACACUCACUCAAUUCACUCAUUACGACACUACAUUCCCAACGCCGUCAUUGAGCGCGUUGAGCUAUUGGAGGCUGGGAAGGAAUGUCGACGACACCUAUACCCCGUCCACCGAUCGCACCGCCCGUCGUCACACCGACGACACCACCGCUAGUGCCGACGUCAGAUCAGGCUGUUGUGCUAUAUGUGCUGGCUGUUUACCUCAUCGUCCUUAUACCGCUGUGGCAUCUCCCAGGUGCCCGGCACCUCAUCUCCCCGCUCAAGCUGCUUAUAGUAGGGUGGCAUGAGUUAUGUCACAUAACUAUGGCGAUGAUGACUGGAGGCAAGGUGCUAAGUAUAACAAUCGAUCCUAAUCUCGGCGGAGCGACUCGGGUCGAGGGUGGACACGCGCCUACGAUCCUCUCGGCAGGCUAUGUUGGCUCCACUCUCUUCGGCUUCCUCCUUCUCAUUGCGGGUUGGGAUACUCUGGGCUCAAAAGUCGCAAGCUGGGUGAUUGCGAUCGGCCUGCUGUGUCCCCUGGUACUGGUCCGGGAUAAGCUAACCAUUGUAUUAACCUUCUUUUAUGAAGCACUUCUCAUCGGAUUUUGGUUCAUCGAUCAUGCAAACGCCCUUCGCUUCUAUUGCUUAUUCGUUGGGACGAUGAGCAUAUUCUAUGUAGUCUGGGACAUAUCCGACGAUCGCUUCUUCAACAAAGUGAACGAUUCUGAUGCCACACAGUUCAGUCUCUUAUUUCCCCAUAUCCCGGUUCAUAUAUGGGCCAUGUUCUGGCUCGUAUUUUCGGCCCUGUUCUUCAUCGCUUCUGUGCUUAUUGGGAUUGCAUCGUUUAAGCUUUCCGCUGCAGACAUGCAAGCACAAGCAGCACAAUGGCUUCCCACAUAAUAGACAUUUCCC